ACGAUGCGAGUCCAAGUGCACACCAAGUUCUGCUUCCUGUGUGUGCUCACUUUCCUGCUCCAUCAGUGCAGCCAUUGUCACAGCGGGCAUCACCAUAGAAAACAUGCCCACAAUGACUUGCAGAUCUCUCAAGCUCCAUAUGUAAGAGGAGCCAAUCCUUCCCCAAGGUCCAAGAGCAUACCAAGUGACGUGCUAGAGUCAGAGCAGCACUUCUACAUUCAGCAGUUGUUCAGACGUUAUGGCAAGAGAGACAAGCUAGAUUUCCAGGGCUUCCAGAAUCUCCUUCUCAGCCUGGGUUUAGGCGAAGUCAAGAUGGUUGGCCUGGAGCAUGAGGAUUUAGGCCAUGAUCAUGUAGCCCACCUAGAUAUGCUGGAUGUGCAAGAGGGACUUCACUCACAUUCAAGUGCCCAUGAAGGCCACAGCCAUGGGUACGGUUAUGAACAUGGCCAUGGGCGUCCAAGCAAGAAACCUGGUUCCCAGCAUCACCACCAACACCCAGAGCAAGGUCCCACACAGUGCAGUGAGCUGGCCAUGGACAGCAGUCCAGCUGCUGACAGUGUCCGACCAAUGGACCAUGACAAUAAUCAAGAUCAUGGCAAUUAUAACCAUGACCAAAGGCAUGAUGCAGAUAAUACUCAGGACAACGCUAAGGUGCAGGACAAUGAUUCUCAUGGCCUAGUGCAGGAUGGUGACCACACACAUGAUCAUGACCAUGAACAUGAUAAUGAUCACAAUGAUGAACAUGACACAGAACUCAAACAUGAGCAAGACCAACUGCCUGCUGACCACAAGGACCUCUCAACUCAUCCUAAACAUAAUCAUAGUCAUCACGAACAUAGCCAACAUGAACAUGAACUUGUCCAUAAUGACACACAUCAAAUACAAAGCAGCACAGACAUCCUCUCUGCCCAUCAAGAGCUGUCCCCUGCAGCCCCAGCAGAGCCUUCACAUGUCCCGGAAAAGCAGCAAUCAAAGCCUGCAGCCUUCAAGGUUUCUAACACCGAGCCCUCUGCCACCCCUGAGGUCCCCACACAAAGCAGGCCGAAGCGACCCAGGAAGCCAGCCAAGGCCAGGAUCCAGCGAGGAAGGAACAAAGCCCCUUCUCCCAUCUCCCCUCCACUUUUGGAACACAACCAUGAUACCCAUGACCACAAUCAUGGAUCUGAUCAUAGUCAUUCCCAUAAAGACAAGAGAGAGGCACCAGGAGGGCCUGAGACCUCAACCCCAACAGCCCCCACCCUGCAUGGGCAUUCACACAGCAUGUCUCAUCAUCAUGAGGAGUGUCUGAACGUCACCCAGCUCCUCACCUACUAUGGCCUGACCCCUGACUCGCUCAUCUCCCCUAGUCAGUUCACAUAUCUGUGUCCAGCCCUGCUCUACCAGAUAGACAGCCGUGUCUGCAUCCGCCACUACCACCAGAUGGAUGUGGAGCAGGCAGCUUUGGAGCCCAUCAACACUGUGUGGGUUUGGGUGUGGGGCUUUGUGUCCGUCACCAUUAUCAGCCUUCUGUCUCUGCUGGGUGUUGUGCUGGUGCCCAUCCUCAACCAAUCUUGCUUCAAGUUCCUGCUCACCUUUCUGGUGGCGCUGGCAGUGGGCACGCUCAGCGGUGAUGCCCUCCUCCACCUGCUACCACAUGCUCAGGGGCACGACCACAGCCACAGUGGGAAAGAAGAGGUGGAGGAAAACCUGGCUGUGGACUUUGAUGGGGUGUGGAAGGGCCUGACGGCGCUGAGUGGUAUCUACCUCCUCUUCAUCUUCGAACACUGCAUUGGCAUGUUCAAGCAGUACAGAAGCCAAGGGGGCAAAUUUUGUGGCAGGAAGAACCGCAGUGAGGAUGGCAAAAUUGGCAGGAAGUUGUCAGAUCACAAGCUGAACCGGCGUUCAGAUGCAGAAUGGCUCCACCUCAAACCACUAGCUGAAGGUGCUGAUAGUACGGUCAUCUCUUGCGACAAUGGCCACAAUGAUACACAGCUCACAGAGCUUCAGACACCCGACUCCCCUACUAACAAGAUGCCACUGGCACCAGCAGAUCCUCAUCAUGGUCACCAGUCCUCUGCCAAGGCCAAGAAUCAUGGCCACAGGCACUCUCAUGGCGGUCACUGCCACUCAGACCAGGAGAUGAAGGAUGCAGGGAUCGCCAGCAUUGCCUGGAUGGUAAUCAUGGGGGAUGGCAUGCACAAUUUCAGCGAUGGCCUGGCCAUAGGUGCUGCUUUCAGUGCAAACAUCACAGGAGGUAUCAGCACCUCUGUGGCUGUCUUCUGCCACGAAUUACCUCAUGAACUAGGUGAUUUUGCAGUGCUGCUGAAAGCGGGGAUGACUGUGAAGCAAGCCAUAGUCUACAAUCUGCUGUCGGCCCUCAUGGCCUAUGUUGGUAUGGUGAUUGGCACUGCUGUGGGACAGUACACAUACAAUGUGACCAACUGGAUCUUUGCCAUCACCGCUGGCAUGUUCCUUUAUGUGGCUCUGGUGGAUAUGUUGCCAGAGAUGCUCCAUGGGGACAGUGAGGACCAAAUGAGUUGCCAGCUGGGUCACUUUGUGCUACAGAAUCUGGGCAUGCUGACCGGAUUCUUCAUCAUGCUGCUCAUCGCCAUCUUCGAAGACCGCAUUGUGUUCGACUUUGGCUUCUAG